GUAAAGAAGCUUACCCGCUUGGCGCACACGACUGUUAAAACCCUGUUUCUCCCGAAAAACCUUUUAGUUCCUCUCAAGGCUUGGAGAGAUCAACAUCUCUGUUUCCAGUAAUGUUUCAAAACGUCUUGAACUGAACGGAACCAGUGAUUCGUUAUAUAAUAAAUUCUAAUGAAUACAAGGGGAUGGAGAAAAAAAUCUUAUACUAAAGAACAUUGUUGUUUCAAUAUUUUAGGAGAGCUGACGCAACAGUUACCGAGGCGGGAAAAACAGAUUCAAAGUUAUGGAAGCAGGUCAUGGUUCAAGAAGACAAGAAAGACAUGAAAAGUCUGUAAUGCUCAUUUAGUUCAAGGUAAAUAACAAAAGGAGAGUCUUUGGAGGUUAACUAUAUUUUAUUGAUUCUCGUAGUGCGAUAAACCCGGAGAUGACGGAAAUUAUGGUAACGAUCUUUAACUGGAUAAUUUCAAACACGAAAUAUAGUAAGGCGUAAUAAUCUCAUUUUUUAUUUUUAUAUGAGUGAACAUUAUAAUCCAUGGAGUUUUUGAUCAACCAACAGCUUUGCGGAGAAUCACAGUUCUUACCUUUAGUGAACAAAGUAAGUGUUCUCCUACCAAUUGUAAUUAUUAUGAAUAUCAUGUUGCAAUUGUCCUUAAAGGAUAGAAAGCGACAAAUGUUAUCUACUGUUUGUACAUAAACAACAUUGAUUGUAGUGGGGAAUACAGUGACCUAUAUAUAUUCCCUUGAAUGAACGUUCUCUCUUUUUUAUUCCGAGUGUAGUUUAUUCAAUGCUUCCUUAACUGCGGCAAAGGAAGCAUGUGACCAGUUAUUAAAUCAGAGGAAAUUGUAACAUCUACCAUGCAGUAAUAAUAUUGGAGUUUUCGACCAUAGCUUACGAUCAGAUGGGAAGUCGUAAUUUUUCCAAUGGAGCCAACAUUUAGUAACAUCGUCCUCAUUGUUGUCUUGUCCGUGAUAAUCUUUCUCACUUUGGCAGGAAAUACUCUUGUGAUUACAGCCGUCGCGACGACACGAAGGAUGCGGACAAUUACUAAUUAUUUUGUGGUGUCACUAGCUGUGUCCGACUUAUUGGUUGGAUUCCUUGUGAUGCCGUUGGGAGUGAUGCAGGAAGUGGCUCAACACUGGCCACUGGGAAGGAUAACCUGUGAACUAUGGAUCUCACUGGAUGUUUUGUUGUGUACAGCUUCUAUCUUGAACUUAUGCUGCAUUAGUCUGGACCGUUACUUUGCUAUCACCUCUCCUAUGAGAUAUGUUGUCAAAAGGAACUCAAGACUCGCAUUAGUCAUGAUUGCAGGCGUGUGGGUUUUGUCAGUCCUCAUCACCUGUCCUCCCUUGUUUGGUUGGCACGAAACCGAUCGGCAGAUUUCCCGGAAAUGUGAGUAUAACAGCAACAUUGGUUACAUAAUAUACUCUGCUUUAGGGUCGUUCUACAUACCAGCUUUGGUCAUGUUGUAUGUUUACUACAGAAUCUUCGCUGUGGCCAGGAAGCGAGAAUCAGUUCUGACGGACAGUUUUGGCCCAUUAGACGAGGGGGGUAAUUCAUCUUGUCCCGGGGACAAUACUAGCUCGAGUCAGGAAAGAUACAGAACCCACAGAAACACCGAGUCCGUUGUACAGAUUGACAUAAGUCCAGCUUCCAAUGAUCAAGGUACAGGAUUGGACAAAACAAGUGACAGGGACUCCGAUAAGGGCCAGUAUUUAGCUUCAGUCCCUUCUGUGCGAACAGCUUUAAUACUCGAAACCGUCUAUGAUAAUGACAGAAGGUUAAUGAGGACUUAUUCUUCCACUGAAUCUCGCGAAACGUCUUUCAGCAACAUACCCCUCUGUCGCAGUUUAAGAAUAAAAAAAGACCCAUGGCAGCGUAAACAAGGCUACGAAAAAGCUGCUUUUCAAAGAGAAAGAAGGGUCGCAAAAUCUCUAUCUGUGGUAGUAGGAGGAUUUGUUUUAUGCUGGCUUCCUUUCUUUAUUUUGUACAUCAUCGAACCUUUCUGUGUAAAUCCAUUCUCUCCCGUCCUGUGGUCGUGUAUGGUGUGGUUAGGAUGGGUCAAUUCUGCUGUGAACCCCUUUAUCUACGCUCUCAACAAUACAGACUAUAAAAAAGCCUUCGCACGCUUGACCAUAGACAAGAUUAGGAAAACGAGGAGGACAGAUGUGGCUAAUUUUAUCUGAAUUUUCAUCCUCAAUGUUAUUGAAAGUUGGCAUCAUGCUAGAAUUUAAAAAUGACUAUAUUUGUUGUUAAUAUUGUUGUUUA